UUCCGGAGAAAGCCGAGGGGGCCGAACGGCGGCGCUGAGGCGCAGUCAUGGCGACGGCUGGACCUGUGGGAGCUGAGUCGAGCGAGGAGCCGGCGCCGGAGGACGAGGCGCUGGCCGCUGCUCGGGAGCGGAGCAGCCGCUUCUUGAGCGGCCUGGAGCUGAUGAAGCAGGGCGCUGAGGCGCGCAUUUUCCGCGGCCGCUUCCAGGGCCGCGCGGCCUUGGUGAAAUACCGCUUCCCCAAGGGCUACCGGCACCCGGCUCUGGAGGCGCGGCUCGGCCGGCGGCGGACGGUGCAGGAGGCCAGGGCGCUGCUCCGCUGCCGCCGCGCAGGGAUAUCUGCCCCAGUUGUCUUUUUUGUGGACUACGCUUCCAACUGCUUAUACAUGGAAGAAAUUGAAGGCUCAGUGAGUGUUCGAGAUUAUAUUCAAUCCACUAUGGAAAAUGAAAAUACUCCCCAAAGUCUCUUUGGCUUAGCCCAGACAAUUGGGCAGGUUUUGGCUCAAAUGCAUGACAAAGACCUCAUUCAUGGCGAUCUCACCACCUCCAACAUGCUCCUGAAGCCCCCCCUGGAACAGAUGAACAUUGUGCUCAUAGACUUCGGGCUGAGUUUCAUUUCAGCACUUCCGGAAGAUAAGGGAGUUGACCUCUACGUGCUAGAGAAAGCCUUCCUCAGUACCCACCCCAACACCGAGAGCGUGUUUGAAGCCUUUCUGAAGAGCUACUCCAUCUCCUCCAAAAAUGCCAAGCCAGUGCUCAAAAAACUAGAUGAAGUGCGCCUGAGGGGCAGGAAGAGGUCUAUGGUUGGAUAGAAGAGGGUGUGACAUCCCCAGACAGUUCAGCUUCACUUCAAGGUAAAUUUGAAGGAACGCUACGAGUAUGAGACCUAAAUAAAAGUGUUGACAUAGUUUUAA